UAUGGACUCCUUUUGUAGAAUUUAAUUAGUCUAUUUAGCUUUGUCUCAUCGAGUUUUGUAAAUUUAGAAUGUGUUAAUUGUGUGUGUGUGUGUCUGGCCUCUCCCUGGCUGCUGCUGCUGCUGAGUUUGUUCAGUAUUUUACGUCACUUAACAAGGAAUAUGCCGGUUUAUAAAGUGGCCAUUCGAGCACAGCUUGAGAAUGUAACAAAUCUACAGGCCCCGGGUGAUGACUUCCAGUACUGCAUCAAGGUCAAAUGUACCUCGUGUGGUGAAGUAACUGACAAGUGGCAAUAUGUGUCUGCAGAUGAGCAGGUGGAGGUGCCUAAAUCUCGAGGUACCUGCAACUUGCUCAUCAAAUGUAAACUGUGCAGUCGUGUCAACAAUGCUGAUGUUCUUAGUGACACAAAAAAGCCAUAUACAGCAGAUGACGUCCCCAAAUUCAAAGAGAUCAUCGCCUUUGAGUGCCGAGGCAUAAGUAUUGCUGCCUUUAAGUUUGGUGUGAGUCCAAUCAAUCAUCCAUAUAUCUGA